UGAUCUAAUUUAUCCACAUUGAGUAAGAACAAGUGAUUUAAGAUUAGGAAAAUGAAGUAUAUUUUUAUCAUUAAAUAACCAUUCAUAACAAAGAUCAUAAGCAGAUGAAUUAUUUCCAUCUAAAUGAAUACGUCGAAUAGAAGAAGAAAGAGAUGAAGAAUUCAAAAUCAAUAGAAAUAAUAUUGAACAACAUUUAUUAUAAGAUAAACCACGUUUAAAUAGCAAGACCACUAUUCAUUAAAUUGUUAUUUAUUGAAAGAACUAAACAUAUAAGAGAAUUAAACCGAAUAUUCAAAGACCAUAAACAUGUUAACAUGUCAAACCAUUCAAAAUAAGAAAAUAUACACAAAAGAAUUUCAUUAGGUAAUACUUCGAUUCUAGUGAUCAUUGGUACAAGUACAGAAUGAGAACACUAUUCAUAUAAAUAACAUUAAGACAGAAGAGAAAAGAAAUGAGUUGGAAGAUAAUAUUAUUGAACGAUUAAAAGAAUGUCCUCUAUUCAGAAUAGAUGUAUUCGUUCAAUAAUGUUAUCUUUUCUUCCAACUCAUUUCUUGAGGGUGUGGGUGUGAGUGUAGCUGUGGUUUAUUCUGAUACCCACACCCAUCCCAAACGUUCUGUCAUUAUCCAUCAUAGUCCUUUUCAUCACCACGGUAACAACCUUUUCCUUGAUGGUUAUUUAGGAUAAAAACAGUUCCCUCAAACAAGAGUAGUCUUAAUUUGUUUCUUAUCUCACGCUAAUCUCAGAUAAAUCAGAAUUCUUUCAAAAUUUCCAUUGUCUGAUAUUAAUCUAUAGGCGUCGUUGAUGAGAAGUGCAUCUGCUAUUGAUAGGUCGAACGGAACGACUUUUUUCUGAGAGACAGUACACCAUGGGUAAUAAUAAUUGGCCGAAUUUCAGACCGAAAACCGAAGCGACCGAAAAAGCUGAUUGGUCAUCUCCUAAUACUGUAUAACCCAUUAAGAAUUCGUCCAUGUUUUAUCGUCAUUUCUCGAAAAAAGACAAAAUAUUAAAUUCAACUAUGUAAUUUUAAUCAAUAUAUAAAUACUGAAUCUACGGAACUUCUUAGAUCUUCAUCUUUAUUAAUAUGAAUUUUAUUUGCUUAUUUUUUAAAUUAAUUUUCCAAUUGAUUUCUCAAUGAAAAACUUUAGUCUGAGGAUAUGUCGACUUAUCUCAAAAGGAUACAUCGACUCAUCUAAGAACGGAAAUUUCCCGAUCUGUUCAUCAACAAUAAACUGUAGUCAUUAGAUAAGUCAACUUAUCUCAACAGGAUAAGUCGAGUCAUCUAAAGAAGAGAACUUUCUGAUCUAUUUGACAACAAUAAAAUUUGGUCAUUGGAUAUGUCGACUUAUCUCAAAAGGAUAAGUCGAGUGAUCUAAGGAAGCAAAUUUUUCGAUGGGUUUAUCCAUAAUAAACUGUAAUCAUUAGAUAUGUCGACUUAUCUCCAAAGGAUAAGUCGACUCAUCUAAGGAAGAGAAUUUUCAGUCUGUUUCUCAACGAAAACCGGUCAGAGGAUAUGUCGACUUAUCUCAACAGGAUACAUCGACUCAUCUAAGAAAGGAAAUUUUCCGAUCUGUUCAUCAACAAUAAACUGUAGUCAUUAGAUGAGUCGACUUAUCUCAACAGGAUAAGUCGAAUCAUCUAAGGAAGCAAAUUUUCCGAUGUGUUUAUCCAUAAGAAACUGGAGUCAUUAGAUAUGUCGACUCAUCUAAGGAAAUAGAUUUUCUCAUCUAUUUCUCGAGAAUAACAAACAAUGAAUUCUAAUACUUCCAUUAUUAUGAAAAAAUUCGACUAUAUUUUAAUUUACAAUGAUGAAUAUUUAUGUUGUAGGCAAAAUAAUUUUUUCGUGUAAAUCUUAAAUUUGAAUCCUAAAAUUUUAAGUUUUCCUAUUACUAUUCAGAAAAUUUUUAAUUUUUCUGAAUUACAAUUUCUUCUCAAGCAUAUAUAUUAAUUUAGGUAUCAAAUUCAUAAUUUUUUAACUAUUGUCUUGAAUUUUAUGCAAAAGAUGCACGCCAUAAGAAGACGCCAUCUUUUAAAAUAAAUGUAUAUCAUAUAUAUUUAAUUAGUCACCAAUCAGCUUUUUUCGGUCGCUUCGGUUUUCGGUCUGAAAUUCGGCCAUUUAUUAUUACCCCAAUGCAGUGUGAUGAUUCAAUGAACAAUCUUCAUUCUUGUUUUCUCUAAAUUAGUCUACCAUCAAAUAGGGAUGAAUCAUCGAUUCAUUAUCAAAUCAUAAGCGUUAUUGUGUUUUGAUUGGUCGGUUUCUAUCGAUUGUUUCUUGAUAUAGAUAUUUUUUGGAAAAAACUAAAAACACAUUUUGAUAGAGAAGAAUUUCCUGUGUCAACUAGUAUAGAUCAAAAGUUCGGCCUAAUUAAUUUUUUUAAAAACGUGUUGCACACAGCGCAUUUGAUAUUGACCCAUGUAAAUACACAUCUUUUUUCUGUUCUGCUUGCGUACUAAAUAUUCAUUAUUCGUUGUUGUUAUUAUAUAAAAGAAUCUUCGUUUAUCAAGCCCUACUACUUCAAUUAGCAUAACAAACUUCGCUUUCGCUAAACUCGGUUCGGUUGAAAAUUUUUAAAAAUUCUGUCAGUUACGUUCGGUUCGGUUCGGAAAAAAUGCCAACCGAUCCCAUCUCUGGUGUUAUUACCUAAACCCAAAUCCUUCAACAAUUUAAUCCUGCUAGUACCGUUUCUGAUAUUUAUUGGCAAAACUCUGCAUUAUAGAUUAUGAAUAAAAUGCUCAAAUCUCUAUGUCUUCCAAUCGAUCGAUAGCAUAUUAUUACCAUUAGACUUUUUAGUGGUUGCAACAAUGUUAACUCCUUAUCCUAUUCUCAGAAACUUCAAGGUAUUCCUAGUCCUGAGUAGAAAGCCUCUAUCUUCAAAGAUUCAUGUGAAAUUUUCUCACACUUCCUCAGCUUUGCACGCAUGUAAACGUGCAUAUGAUCUUGCUAGAGUCCUCUUAGGAACCUUCUUGGAAAGCGCUUUCCAUAAUUUAGCAAAAACCUUAAAAUCAUGUAAUCAAUACGAUUCGUAAACCACGUUCAAAAGCAUACUGAAAGAUACAUUCUGCAUCCUUAGGACUAAAGUUCAAACAGACUCUUCUCUGUAUCUUUCAGUUUAGCAAUCUAACAAAAUUCUUUAUUUUAUGGCUUGAAAUUAUUUCUGCAGGUCAUCAUAUAAACUACGAAUAAGAUCCUUCGAUCUCUAUGCUUUCCUAUCGAGUAUAGCAUUAGUCUUCUCAGUAUUUCAGAAAUGCUAUGUCCCGAAAAAAACUUUUCAGGAACCUCAAAGAUCUUGGCAAAAACUGAAACAAGCUCCUCAAAAUAUGGAUUCUCAUAAGAAUUGUUACGAAGUUCUUUUUUGCAUAGGAAAUUAGGAAAAGAUUUUACUUGUUUAGCCCUUUCAAGACGAAUUUUUUUUUAUCAAAAAUUGGUUCUUUUUAUCAAUUUAUUGAAUUUGACUCAAAGUUUUCCAUAAAAACUUUAUGGUAUUGAAAGAAACAAUUUUUCUCGUCUGUUACGCAAAAAGCCAGUUUGCAAGUAGAGCAUUCGAUGGUUGAUCGAACUUGCACUUCUUUUGUGCUACAAUAAGUGCAUCUCCUCCAGGUUCCCUUAACAGGCAAGUGCAUCCCACCGUCCAACUGAUCAGCAGAUGGCGGUGAUGCUAUUUUAUGCUUGUUGUUUGAAGGAGGUCGUCCAAGAUUUGUUCGCUCAGCGCCAGAACAUAGAGACUUAGCCACGGAAACCAAAUAAUUUAAGUAUGAUAAUUUAUUCUGACCUAAUUGAUUGUAGCAGAUAAAUGAAUUAGCUAAAGAUGCAUUGAAGAAGAAAAUGAAAAGCCUAAGCCAGUUCCUUCUGGACUUUCGAUCAAAGGUGUAGCAGGAUAUUAUUUGAUUGAAUCGAUCAACUCCAUGUAUAAACUUGUUGUAGUCCUUUAUUGCUUUCGGACAGUUAAUUUCAAUGAGCUGUUUAUUUUUCAACUGUCGAGAGAUUCUAACGAUUUCAAUGUUUUCACAGUCGUUUGACGCUAGAAAGACAUGCUUCGUAUCCAUCCAUUUGAAGAUAAUAGUGUUGGAUAUGACAAUUGACUUGUGAUCACCUCGUUCUAUUUUCUCUUUCAAAGCAAAGUGUGGUGGAAUACCAACCCGAUCGGUCCGAAUAGUUCCCGUGGCACUUAUUCUCCGCAGCUUUAGCUUCUCUAAUAACGGAAGUGGAGUAAAAAAAUUAUCGAAGUACAAAUGUUUUCCUUCGAAAUGAUGGUCAGCAAUAAGAGUGAAAACAACACGUUCAGCCAAAAGUGUUUCUUUUUCACUAGUUUCUUCUUUUCCUUGGUAAAUUCUACAAUUGAAUAAGUAACCAGUAAUGGAAUCGCAUAAACACCAUAGUUUGUAGCCUCUCUUUAUUGGUUUUGAAGGCACGUAUUGCUUGAGACUUGACCUUCCCUUGAAUUUGACUAUAAUUUCGUCGAUUGAACCAUAGUGACCAAAGUUAUAAUUUUUCUGGAAAUUUCUUAGUAAAAUUUCAAUGAAAUUCUUAACUUUGUAACUUUUACUGUAGUGAUCAGUUUCCUUUUUUGGCUCCAAUGAAUUAUCAGCAAGAUGUAAAUUAUAAAAGAUUUGAAGAAAGCGAUUUCUUGACAUGAUCGAAGAGAUGAAACUAUUAUGAAAAACAUUGUCUUUACUCGAAUAGAAUUUCAUUUUCGGUAAGUCAUUGAUUGCCAUCACAAUAAUUAUUCCAAGAAACGAUUCAAUAUCUUUUAUCCGCAUAUCCUUCCAGCGAUCAGUUUCGUUUUGAUUAUUAUUUCGUUUCUUCUGUUUUGCGUAAAUAUUUGUUUGAUCAGUAAUUAGGUUUAAAAUUUCUUCCGCGAAAAAGCUCCUGAAUACUGAAAUUGGCGUUAUAUCCCUGAGAGAAGUUGAUGUAAAACCGCCAUUACCAAUAUAACUUUCGCUCAUAGAAUCAAUCUCCAUUUCAUCUUCAUUCGAAUAUUUAUCUGAGAUCUGAACUUCAUCCAGAUCAUCUACUAGUUCAUUACAGUCAAAAUCGAAAUCACUCUCAUCGCUGUCUUCAUUCCUAAGUGAAUCACGUGAGUCGUCAUCAACUUCAACAUUUUCGAAGGAUUGCAUCGGUCAAGAUUCAAUUAUAAAUAGAAUAAGCAAAUCAAAUAUAGAAGUAAUUUAACUUCUUUUCAAAGAACAGCUAUAUAUAUAUAUAUAUAUACAAGAGCAAUAGAGAGUGUGAGUCAUAUAGAGCAUUCUUGUAAAACAACAUAACAGACGAAGAAAGGAAAACUAUGACGUCAUUGUACAAUCAUAGAAAGAAAAACAAAUGUCUGAGAAGAAUACAUACAGCAUCAAGAAAAGAUAUGUAUAGCAUGACAGUUGGCGCACUCCAUGACCUCUAUGUAUACUAAGUUUUAAUACUUAAGUGUAAAUGAAAUAUUUUUCCCAACGGAAAACUAGGUGGUAUAACCAUUAUACCACCGUCCUGAAAGGGUUAGAGUAUGUUAGGGAAGAAAUAUUCUCGAAAGUUUUACCAAGUCCCUUCGAAGAAGAAUAUCUUAUUCAUAGUCAACGACAAUGACGAUUUCUUUUCUUUUUCUCGUUCAUUGUAGUGAUUUCUAAUAUUCCAGCCAAUGCCCAAUGGGCACAGAAUGGAGUCACCGUUGCUGGAGGCCAUGGACCAGGCAAUUCCACCAAUCAGCUCUUCAACCCUUGGGAUCUCUUCGUUGAUGAUGAUGAUCAAAGGAUAGUCAUCGCUGACCGCAAAAAUCAUCGUAUUGUCCAAUGGAAGAUAGGUGAUACGAAUGGACAAGUAGUAGCUGGUGGCAAUGGUCAAGGAAAUCGAUUGGAUCAAUUGGAUACUCCAAUUGAUGUGUUGAUCGACAAAAAGACGGAUAGUCUCAUUAUUAGUGAAAGAGGAAAUCGACGAGUCGUACGAUGGUCUCGUCGUAGUGGCACAACUCAAGGAGAAAUCCUCAUCGACAACAUUGAUUCUUAUGGAUUGGUCAUGGAUGGUCACGGAUAUCUCUACAUCUCUGAUGCUCUGAAACAUGAAGUAAGACGGUAUCAAAUAGGAGACAAGAAUGGAACUAUCGUAGCUGGUAGCCAUGGCAAAGGUACUGGUCUCAAUCAACUCAACUAUCCGCACUGCAUCUUUGUCGAUCAACAACAGGCUGUCUACGUGUCAGACACCUACAAUCAUCGUGUAAUGAAAUGGAAUAAAGGUGCAAGAGAAGGAAUUGUCGUCGCUGGUGGUCAAGGCGAAGGGAAUGCUCUGACACAAUUAUUGUAUCCUAACGAACUCUUCGUCGAUACAUUGGGUACCCUCUAUAUAGCAGACUCGUUGAAUCAUCGAGUGAUACGUUGGCCUAAAGGAGCAAUACAAGGCACUGUCAUUGUGGGUGGAAAUGGUAAAGGAGCACAAGCAAAUCAAUUCAACAGUGCCGUCAGUUUGUCCUUCGAUCGUCAUCGCGAUCUCUACGUCGUUGAUACGGAUAACCAUCGUGUUCAACGUUUUUCAAUUGAAUAG